AUGGACGGGGUCAUGAACUAUCCGGUAUAUUACCCUCUCCGCGAAGCCUUCAAAUCUUCUAGCGGAAGCAUGGGCAACUUGUAUAACAUGAUCAACUCCGUUUCGUCGAACUGUAGAGAUCCCACUUUGCUGGGGAGUUUUAUCGAGAAUCAUGAUAAUGCCCGAUUCGCAAGUUACACCAAAGAUAUAUCCCAGGCCAAGAACGUCCUUGCUUUCAUCUUCCUGACGGACGGAAUCCCAAUCGUCUACGCCGGCCAGGAACAGCACUACGAGGGGGGAGAAGAUCCGUAUAACCGUGAGCCUGUCUGGUGGUCUGGCUACUCAACCCAGUCCGAACUGUACCAGUUCAUUGCUGCGACGAAUAAGGCCCGCAAGCUGGCUAUUGAUAAUGAUUCGGGCUAUGUUACAUCCCGGAAUACACCAUUUUACAGCGACACCAACCACAUAGCCAUGCGCAAAGGCUCCCAAGGCUCACAGCAGGUUAUCACGCUGCUCUCAAACUACGGCUCCAGCGGUAGCUCGUAUACAUUCGACCUAAGCAACCACGGCUACUCAUCCGGUUCGAAGCUCGUGGAGCUGUAUACUUGCUCCUCCCUCCAAGUCGACUCGAACGGUAACAUCCCCGUGCCUAUGUCGUCUGGACUUCCGCGCGCGCUUGUCCCUGCUGCCUGGGUGUCUGGGAGCGGCCUGUGCAGUAGUACGCCGACGAGUACGCUUACGACUACGACUGCACCGCCAACAGAGACGGCUUGUGCGUCUGGGACGGCGAUGGCGACGGCUUUGCCGAUUGUGUUUGAGGAGAAGGUGCAGACGGUCUACGGGGAGGAUGUAUAUAUUGCGGGGUCUAUAGCGCAGCUUGGGAGCUGGGAUGUCGAUAAGGCGGUUAAGUUGUCUGCAGAUGCGUAUACGGCUGCGAACCCGCUUUGGACUGUGACUGUAACUUUGCCUGUUGGGACGAGCUUUGAGUAUAAAAUUUUGAAGAAGACGGGUGGGAGUGUUGUUUGGGAGAGUGAUCCGAAUCGACAGUAUACGGUUCCUGGGGGGUGUGAGGGGGAGAAGAAGACGGUGGGAGGGUCCUGGAAGUGA